AUGACUUUCAAUUUCACCUAUUCGAACACUUAUAUAAUGAAGCAUAUCUUAAUAUUUUUACUGAUUCUAAUAAUUGCGACAGCUUUUAAAUCUGUCGCGGUGACCAUCAAUAAAAAUCUUGUGAUUCGUUCUGCAAAACCAACCGGAGCUACAUCAUGGGAAAAUUGGAACGGACAAAUACAUGCCACUCCAAGUGCCAUUUUUCAACCAUCUACACUUAAUGACCUUGUAGACAUU